AUGAACAAGAAUUCAUCACAAGGUUCACCGACAUUUCUAAACGAUGCUGAACUUGAUUCAUCACUUUACAGAAGAAUCUCACCAGUUGGUGAUCCUGAUCUUUCAAUUGUACCAGUUCUUGAUCAGUGGGUCAGUGAAGGAAGGAAAGUUGAUAAAGAUUCUCUUGAUAGAAUUGUUAAAUCUUUGAUGAAGUUCAGAAGAAUCACACAUUCCCUUGAGGUAUUAAAGUGGAUGACUGAUAAACGAUACAUACCCCCUACAAAGGGUGACAUUAGGGACAGACUACAUUUGAUUUAUAAAGUUCACGGUUUAGAGAAAGCCGAGGAGUUCUACAAUAACAUUUCACAAGUAUUCAAAGGAUUUCUUAUUGAUAUCUGCCUUCUUAACAUCUGUGCUCUUGAAAAGUUAGAGGAUAAAGCAGAGGCCAUGAUGCAAACGCUACGUGAUACAGGGCGUGUAUCGACUCCUUUGCCCUUCAAUAUAUUGUUAAAUCCUUAUUACAAUGUGUAG